GGAGCAGCAGGGCCUUCCUCCUUUGACGGGCAACACGCCCACACGGCAACAAGGCCCGCUCCUACGGCACCGCAAGUCCGCGACCCAUCUCCUCCCUUCGCUCCUCCAGCGCCCGCCGCUCUCCACGCGGUCGGCCCGUGCGCCGCCCCUCCACGCUCCCCUGCCCAGCUGCAGCUCGAGUCCGGCUGGUGCGGCAGCACCCUCCCUUCCCACGACUUCUCUGUUCUUUCUCUCGGCCUCGGUCUUCCUUUCCUAGCGGCGACGACAGGGCGAGUUGCGGUGCCCGUUGUUCGUCGAGCGACGGGCGCUUCGCCGGCGGCGAACAUCCGACAGGGUUAUUGGGUGUACACAUGUCCCAUACUGGGUCCGCCCCUGCUGACAAGGAAACCGACCCCGGGGUUCAGCGGUUCCAACUCGAGUUGGAGUUCGUGCAGUGCCUCGCUAACCCUACCUACAUUCACUAUCUAGCACAGAAUAGAUAUUUUGAGGAUGAAGCAUUCAUCGGAUACCUCAAGUACCUAAAAUAUUGGCAGCGCCCAGAGUAUAUCAAAUACAUAAUUUAUCCACACUGCCUUUUCUUUCUUGAGCUCCUCCAAAAUGCCAAUUUCCGCAAUGCAAUGGCACAUCCAGCAAACAAGGAGCUUGCUCACAGGCAGCAAUAUUUCUUCUGGAAAAACUACAGGAAUAAUAGACUGAAGCACAUCCUACCACGCCCUCCUCCCGAACCAGCUCCGGUGCCUGCACCUUCACAAGGACCUGCAACGGUGCCCCUACCACCAUCAGUAUCAACACCUGUGGCCCCACCUGUUCCUGCACCGUCAUCAUCUAUGCCACCUGUGGCAGCAGGUGGUGCAUCUGCAAUGUCUCCUAUGCAGUUUGUAGGAACUCCAGGCACCAAUAUGCCGAAGACUGACAUGAGAAAUGCUAUGGGCAACAGAAAGAGGAAGAUGGGCUAGUUGAGCAUGUUGGGCAGCUCAACAGUGGACAAAUAGGAUGCAAGCCAGAAGUCGCUGCCUAUGGAGCCUUUUCAAUUUUUCAAUGUUUGUAGGUCUUGUAGUUGAGAAGUCAUGUUUGAUACUGCUCUGUGGGAGCUGCAGAUGUAACUUUAGAUGUCAAUGUGCUCCUGAAUGACUAAUCAUUUGUGUUGGCGUUGCUUUAGUCAAAAUUUUGUUACGGACUAAACACCGGCAGCCGGAAAUGUACAUUCAGCGCCUAUUCAUGAUCCUGAAUGACCAA